AGCUGUUGUUUGUUUGGCAGAGGAAAGUGGAUAUUUGUUUAUUUAAUAAAAAAACUCUAAAAUUUGAUUGAAGUGCUGUUGUGUUGUUGCUGUGAGCGGCAAGAGAAAGCUCUCAAGUGUGUGUUGUGACCGUUUGAACCGGAAAAUCAAGAAAAUAUCUAAAAAGAAAAUGACACCAUAAACGUAAAGAAUCUGAAAAACCACACACAUCACAUAACAAAAGAUUGAAGAGAAUCUGGCUAAAAACAGCGCCAGAUACACGAAUGUUGUCAUUGGCAGUGAAGUGUCGUACUAUUAGUGGAAGUGUGUCAUCGUUGUAUCGGGCAGUGAGUGCGUGCAUGCGUUAGUUCGGUCGGUCGGUCGCCAAUAAACAAAUGUGCAAAAGAACAAAAGUGGAUCAAAUAUUUUCUGUGAUAAAUUAUAUAAUAGAAUACAAUUUCGCACAUGUCUCAAACCAUUGCAACUGCACCGCCACCCGCACCACCAAAUUUGUUGCAACUAGCCGAUAAGACUAAUAGCCAUACACCACAACGACAAAAACCUCAAUUAGAAGAAUGCCUGUGGGCAGUCGAUCAUCCGGAAUUGCAAAAAGCCUGUUUUCUUGCCAGGAUUUGUACAACGAGAAGACCGAAAUCGUGUACGUACUACAAUGUAAAUAGUAUACUACAGGUGGGACCGACGUGUGGUUUGACAGCGGUAAGCAUGCUGCUGGGAGGUGUGCUGCCACCCACUGUUCUGCUACAGGAGGCCAAGGAGAGACACUACACCUACAAUGGUGAAAUGUUUAGUGCGUACAAUUUGUUUCAAUUGAUCUGUGAUUAUUUGCCCAUUAUCAAUGACGACAACAACAACAACAAUACAAUUGACGACAACAGCCUGCCAUGCAAAUUAAAUGCCAAUGACACAGAUAGCCGACAAAACACAACAGCAGCAACCACAACAACAACAACACCUCAACAGCAAACAGCUGUUCAUCAGAGACCCAUCGAAUGCCAAAUGCACGAAGGUCGUUUGAAUUGUGCCAAGGUCAGAGAUGCACUACGUCAGGGAGCUUGUCUAUUUGUACCCUAUGAUCCCGACUUCAAUCAUUCACCAUGUUUAAAAUCGGGUCACAAAGCUCAUUGGGCUUUAAUUAUUGGUUAUCUAAUAACAGAUAACGAUGAGUUUUAUGUCAUAGCACGACAUGGUAAAGCGAAAAAUCUUGCCGUUUGGUCUCUUCAAUCGCUGAGUGAUAGCAAUGCAAAUUUGAUAGAAUUUGCCCAGCCCAAAGGAUAUCCUGAUUGUGAUUUUCUUCUGCCGCCUGGUGGUAUUGGUGGAAAUUUAGGUUUAAGAGAACGUGCCAUUAUUGUCAAAGGAUUGCCGCUUGAAACUACAACGAUUAGUUAGAAAAAUAUAUAUACGAAAUUACUGAGGAAGUUAUUUAUAACGACUAUUCAAAACGAAAUUGUUUGGAAAUUUGUUGUCGUUAUAAACGAAAUCUACAGUUGUAUUCAUAGAUUUUUCAUUGCUCUAUACUUAACAACGAACUUAAUUAUUCAUAUAUAGCCAUUUGUAAAAAUUGUAUUUAUUAUUUUUGCCAAUUUAUGUUUAUUGUCAUAUUCUAGCCAUGUAUACAAAUACCUUUUUUAAAUGAAAUAUUUGUUUUAAUUUGAUUA